AGUAAGAGUGAGGCUCCGUUUGCCUCCAAAAAAUUUCGGCAUUUGCCGGUAUCGAGCGAAAACGAAAAAAAGCCUAAAAAGCCCGCUUUCAUUUUUAGCAUCCAAAAAUUUUGAAACCGCCCUUUCCUUUCCCAUUUUCUUAUUCGAGCCCGCUAAAACAAAAUUCCCAAUCCCUAAAUCACACCAGCACACUUACUUGCUACAAAACACAAACACAAAGUCAAGAGAAUAACAAACAACCACACUUUCUUCCUGCGAUCUCUAGGUCUUUUUGCACCAAAACCUCAGAGUCUAGGGCUUUAGUUGUUUGAUUUGAUUUGUUUGGUCGCUAUGGCGAGCGAAACCCUAGAGGAGAAGAAAUCAGACUUGGACGGAAAAGAGGAGCCGAAACAGGAAGAAGAGAAAGAGCAAAAGGAGGAAAUGGAGGAAGAUGGUAAAGAGCAAGACAAAGAUGUUUCUCAAGAGAAUGAAAAGAAAGACGUUCACGAGAAAGAGGAAGAAGAAGGAGAAGAAGCUGACGUGGCAAAAGAAGAGAAGGAAGGAGAAGAAGAAGAAGAAAAUGAUGAUGAUGAUGAUGAAGAGGAAGAUGCAGAGGACGAAGAAGAGAGCAAGAGAGCAAAGCGAAAGAAAGGAAGUUCUGUAGUAAAGAAAGAGCAGAGUGAGUCGAAGAAGAAACAGAUUAAAGGACCGGUAGAUAAGAAAGAGCCUGUGACUCCAGGCAGCGAGAGGCCAACUAGGGAAAGGAAGACGGUCGAAAGGUAUUCUGCGCCGGAGCCUGGCAGAUCAGCGACCAAGCCGUUGUCUAUUGAGAAGGGACGUGGCACACAGCUCAAAGAUAUUCCUAAUGUGGCUUUCAAGUUGUCCAAGAGAAAACCUGAUGAUAAUCUGAAUAUGCUGCACACAAUACUUUUUGGCAAGAAGGCAAAGGUGCUCAUUCAAUUUAUUCUCAUUAUUUGGUUGUUUCAGACACACAAUUUGAAGAAAAACAUAGGCCAGUUUUCGGGCUACGUGUGGGCUGAAAAUGAGCAGGAAAAACAGAAAGCAAAAGUAAGGGAAAAACUUGACAAGUGUGUUAAAGAAAAGUUGGUGGAUUUCUGUGAUGUGCUCAAUAUUCCAAUUAGCAAGGCUGUUGUGAAAAAGGAAGAACUCACUGUAAAAUUAUUGGAAUUUUUGGAAUCCCCACAUGCGACAACCGAUGUUCUGCUUGCUGAGAAGGAACAGAAAGGUAAGAAGCGUAAGGUUACAACAAGCAAAACUGCAAGCCCUGGGGAAGCAUCAAGUACACCUGCUAAGAAAAGAAAGCAAACAUCCCAAGCAGGAGAAAAACCGAAACAAUCAUCCAAAGGUGAUGAUGAUGAAGAUGAGGAUGAAGAUAAGGUUGAAUCACUGAACACUAAGGACGCUAAAGAUGAUUUGCAAGAUGAUGAAAAUGAUACCGUGCCAAAAGAAGAGAGCGAUCAUGAGGAAGGCAAAUCAGAGGAAGAGGAGGAUGAAUUGAAGGAUAAGACACCAACUCCAAAGACAUCCAAAAAAAUUGUGAAGGAAAGUUCUGGGGCUAAAAGUAAAGACAAAGUCACACCUGCUAAGAACCACCCAAAAUCUGUGAAAAGUCCUGUGAAAUCUACCAAAAGAUCUUCUGGAUCAUCGUCAAAGCAGGGUGCUACAGGCACUGAUGGGACUUCUGGUUCACUUUCUAAGUCUAAGGGAUCUGCAUCUAAGAAACAGAAGGUUGAAAAGGAAAGCCUAAGGGACCGUAAUGUUCCUAGUAAGGACAAAGGCACAAGCAAGAAACAGGCAGGCAAAUUGCCAUUAAAGAAGGAUCAAGGUAAAGCCAAAUCUAACAGGAAGGCUAAGGAACAGCCCACUAGAGAGGAUAUGCAUGCAGUUGUAGUAGAUAUCCUUAAGGAAGUGGAUUUCAAUACUGCAACUUUAUCUGAUAUUCUCCGGCAACUUGGUACACACUUUGGAGUAGAUCUAAUGCAUAGAAAAGCAGAGGUGAAGGAUAUUAUUACAGAGGUGAUUAACAAUAUGUCUGAUGAGGAGGAUGAAGGGGAGGAAGCUGAGGCUGGUGCUGAAGCUGACAAGGAUGAAGAUGGGGAUGAUGAUGCCUAGUUCAUUAUAUUGCGGGCGAUUAACCUGAGCACUGUGAAAUGUAAGGACUCUUUCCUUAUGAAAAUACCGUGCUGCGUUCGGUUGUACCAUAUGCAUUUGUAACUCUUUUUUUCGUUCAAGUAGUGUUGAGCUGACCAUAAUUUUUAGCAGUUCUGUCCCAGCUCCCCCAUCCUCUAGAUUCCCCUCAUCUUCUCAUUAAAAUUGUCUUUUAGAUGUAUUUACCAACUGUUCUACAAAUGAGUAGUGAAUGAUUUUCUUUAUUUA